AGGCCCUUUCCAGAUGAUCGCACCCUGCAAAGUGCCUCGCAGCCGCCUCAGGCCCCGAGUGGCGUGUGACCAUGGCCCAGUGACAGGGACAAAAGGUGCAGUCCUCCCUGUGGGAUGGGGGCCAAUGCUCCCCCGUCCGGACUGCGCCUCCCCACCAGCCCCAGCCCCUCGGACGCCUCACUCCCCAGGGCGGAAGAAAAUGCAAAAAGCGUUAAAUUGCGGAGAACCCUGCAAAAGAGGCGGCAACACGGCGCCGGGACCUUGAAGAUGGUGAGCAGCCAGCCGAAGUACGACCUAAUCCGGGAGGUGGGCCGAGGAAGCUACGGCGUGGUGUACGAGGCGGUCGUCAGAAAGACCUCCGCCCGGGUGGCCGUGAAGAAAAUCCGCUGCCACGCCCCGGAAAACGUCGAGCUGGCGCUGCGCGAAUUCUGGGCGCUGAGCAGCAUCAAGAGCCAGCACCCCAACGUCAUCCACCUGGAGGAAUGUAUCCUGCAGAAAGACGGGAUGGUGCAGAGGAUGUCACACGGCUCCAGUUCUUCCCUCUACUUACAGCUGGUAGAGACGUCGCUCAAAGGAGAGAUCGCCUUCGACCCCAGGAGCGCCUACUACCUGUGGUUCGUGAUGGACUUCUGUGACGGGGACAUGAACGAGUUUCUGCUGUCGCGGAAACCCAACCGCAAAACCAACACCAGCUUCAUGCUGCAGCUGAGCAGCGCCCUGGCCUUCCUGCACAGGAACCAGAUCAUCCACCGCGACCUCAAGCCGGACAACAUCCUCAUCUCCCAGAGCCGGGCGGACUCCAGCGACUCGGAGCCGACGCUCAAGGUGGCCGACUUCGGGCUGAGCAAGGUCUGUUCCUCCGCCUCCGGGCAGAACCCGGAGGAGCCGGUCAGCGUGAACAAGUGCUUCCUGUCGACGGCCUGCACGGACUUCUACAGCCCCGAGGUGUGGGAGGGUCACUACACGGCCAAAGCGGACAUCUUCGCCCUGGGGAUCAUCAUCUGGGCCAUGGUGGAGAGAAUCACGUUCGUGGACACCGAGACCAAGAAGGAGCUCCUGGGCAGCUACGUGAGGCAGGGGGGCGAGAUCGUCCCCGUCGGGGAGGCCCUCCUGGAGAACCCCAAGAUGGAACUGCUCAUCCCCGUCAAGAAGAAGUCGAUGAACGCCCAGAUGAGGCAGCUGAUCAAGGAGAUGCUGGCCGCCAACCCCCAGGACCGGCCGGACGCUUUCGAGCUGGAGCUCCGUCUAGUCCAGAUCGCCUUCAAGAGAGCGGCUGGGACACGUGACGGCCGGGUCGCGUGACGGUAGAGCCCCCCCCCGCCCCGCCCAGGCCGGUCCGGUCGUGUG